AUGUCUGUCUAUCUAUCUGUCUGUACCUAUUUAUCAUUGGCUGACAGUGUCUGUCCUCCAGGUGUUUGUAAGUUGGUUCGCUGUCCUAUUACUACUACUACUACUACUACUACUACUACUACUACUACUACUACUACUACUACUACUACUACUACUACUACUACUACUACUACUACUACUACUACUACUACUACUACUACUACUACUACUACUACUACUACUACUACUACUACUACUACUACUACUACUACUACUACUACUACUACUACUACUACUACUACUACUACUACUACUACUACUACUACUACUACUACUACUACUACUACUACUACUACUACUACUACUACUACUACUACUACUACUACUACUACUACUACUACUACUACUACUACUACUACUACUACUACUACUACUACUACUACUACUACUACUACUACUACUACUACUACUACUACUACUACUACUACUACUACUACUACUACUACUACUACUACUACUACUACUACUACUACUACUACUACUACUACUACUACUACUACUACUACUACUACUACUACUACUACUACUACUACUACUACUACUACUACUACUACUACUACUACUACUACUACUACUACUACUACUACUACUACUACUACUACUACUACUACUACUACUACUACUACUACUACUACUACUACUACUACUACUACUACUACUACUACUACUACUACUACUACUACUACUACUACUACUACUACUACUACUACUACUACUACUACUACUACUACUACUACUACUACUACUACUACUACUACUACUACUACUACUACUACUACUACUACUACUACUACUACUACUACUACUACUACUACUACUACUACUACUACUACUACUACUACUACUACUACUACUACUACUACUACUACUACUACUACUACUACUACUACUACUACUACUACUACUACUACUACUACUACUACUACUACUACUACUACUACUACUACUACUACUACUACUACUACUACUACUACUACUACUACUACUACUACUACUACUACUACUACUACUACUACUACUACUACUACUACUACUACUACUACUACUACUACUACUACUACUACUACUACUACUACUACUACUACUACUACUACUACUACUACUACUACUACUACUACUACUACUACUACUACUACUACUACUACUACUACUACUACUACUACUACUACUACUACUACUACUACUACUACUACUACUACUACUACUACUACUACUACUACUACUACUACUACUACUACUACUACUACUACUACUACUACUACUACUACUACUACUACUACUACUACUACUACUACUACUACUACUACUACUACUACUACUACUACUACUACUACUACUACUACUACUACUACUACUACUACUACUACUACUACUACUACUACUACUACUACUACUACUACUACUACUACUACUACUACUACUACUACUACUACUACUACUACUACUACUACUACUACUACUACUACUACUACUACUACUACUACUACUACUACUACUACUACUACUACUACUACUACUACUACUACUACUACUACUACUACUACUACUACUACUACUACUACUACUACUACUACUACUACUACUACUACUACUACUACUACUACUACUACUACUACUACUACUACUACUACUACUACUACUACUACUACUACUACUACUACUACUACUACUACUACUACUACUACUACUACUACUACUACUACUACUACUACUACUACUACUACUACUACUACUACUACUACUACUACUACUACUACUACUACUACUACUACUACUACUACUACUACUACUACUACUACUACUACUACUACUACUACUACUACUACUACUACUACUACUACUACUACUACUACUACUACUACUACUACUACUACUACUACUACUACUACUACUACUACUACUACUACUACUACUACUACUACUACUACUACUACUACUACUACUACUACUACUACUACUACUACUACUACUACUACUACUACUACUACUACUACUACUACUACUACUACUACUACUACUACUACUACUACUACUACUACUACUACUACUACUACUACUACUACUACUACUACUACUACUACUACUACUACUACUACUACUACUACUACUACUACUACUACUACUACUACUACUACUACUACUACUACUACUACUACUACUACUACUACUACUACUACUACUACUACUACUACUACUACUACUACUACUACUACUACUACUACUACUACUACUACUACUACUACUACUACUACUACUACUACUACUACUACUACUACUACUACUACUACUACUACUACUACUACUACUACUACUACUACUACUACUACUACUACUACUACUACUACUACUACUACUACUACUACUACUACUACUACUACUACUACUACUACUACUACUACUACUACUACUACUACUACUACUACUACUACUACUACUACUACUACUACUACUACUACUACUACUACUACUACUACUACUACUACUACUACUACUACUACUACUACUACUACUACUACUACUACUACUACUACUACUACUACUACUACUACUACUACUACUACUACUACUACUACUACUACUACUACUACUACUACUACUACUACUACUACUACUACUACUACUACUACUACUACUACUACUACUACUACUACUACUACUACUACUACUACUACUACUACUACUACUACUACUACUACUACUACUACUACUACUACUACUACUACUACUACUACUACUACUACUACUACUACUACUACUACUACUACUACUACUACUACUACUACUACUACUACUACUACUACUACUACUACUACUACUACUACUACUACUACUACUACUACUACUACUACUACUACUACUACUACUACUACUACUACUACUACUACUACUACUACUACUACUACUACUACUACUACUACUACUACUACUACUACUACUACUACUACUACUACUACUACUACUACUACUACUACUACUACUACUACUACUACUACUACUACUACUACUACUACUACUACUACUACUACUACUACUACUACUACUACUACUACUACUACUACUACUACUACUACUACUACUACUACUACUACUACUACUACUACUACUACUACUACUACUACUACUACUACUACUACUACUACUACUACUACUACUACUACUACUACUACUACUACUACUACUACUACUACUACUACUACUACUACUACUACUACUACUACUACUACUACUACUACUACUACUACUACUACUACUACUACUACUACUACUACUACUACUACUACUACUACUACUACUACUACUACUACUACUACUACUACUACUACUACUACUACUACUACUACUACUACUACUACUACUACUACUACUACUACUACUACUACUACUACUACUACUACUACUACUACUACUACUACUACUACUACUACUACUACUACUACUACUACUACUACUACUACUACUACUACUACUACUACUACUACUACUACUACUACUACUACUACUACUACUACUACUACUACUACUACUACUACUACUACUACUACUACUACUACUACUACUACUACUACUACUACUACUACUACUACUACUACUACUACUACUACUACUACUACUACUACUACUACUACUACUACUACUACUACUACUACUACUACUACUACUACUACUACUACUACUACUACUACUACUACUACUACUACUACUACUACUACUACUACUACUACUACUACUACUACUACUACUACUACUACUACUACUACUACUACUACUACUACUACUACUACUACUACUACUACUACUACUACUACUACUACUACUACUACUACUACUACUACUACUACUACUACUACUACUACUACUACUACUACUACUACUACUACUACUACUACUACUACUACUACUACUACUACUACUACUACUACUACUACUACUACUACUACUACUACUACUACUACUACUACUACUACUACUACUACUACUACUACUACUACUACUACUACUACUACUACUACUACUACUACUACUACUACUACUACUACUACUACUACUACUACUACUACUACUACUACUACUACUACUACUACUACUACUACUACUACUACUACUACUACUACUACUACUACUACUACUACUACUACUACUACUACUACUACUACUACUACUACUACUACUACUACUACUACUACUACUACUACUACUACUACUACUACUACUACUACUACUACUACUACUACUACUACUACUACUACUACUACUACUACUACUACUACUACUACUACUACUACUACUACUACUACUACUACUACUACUACUACUACUACUACUACUACUACUACUACUACUACUACUACUACUACUACUACUACUACUACUACUACUACUACUACUACUACUACUACUACUACUACUACUACUACUACUACUACUACUACUACUACUACUACUACUACUACUACUACUACUACUACUACUACUACUACUACUACUACUACUACUACUACUACUACUACUACUACUACUACUACUACUACUACUACUACUACUACUACUACUACUACUACUACUACUACUACUACUACUACUACUACUACUACUACUACUACUACUACUACUACUACUACUACUACUACUACUACUACUACUACUACUACUACUACUACUACUACUACUACUACUACUACUACUACUACUACUACUACUACUACUACUACUACUACUACUACUACUACUACUACUACUACUACUACUACUACUACUACUACUACUACUACUACUACUACUACUACUACUACUACUACUACUACUACUACUACUACUACUACUACUACUACUACUACUACUACUACUACUACUACUACUACUACUACUACUACUACUACUACUACUACUACUACUACUACUACUACUACUACUACUACUACUACUACUACUACUACUACUACUACUACUACUACUACUACUACUACUACUACUACUACUACUACUACUACUACUACUACUACUACUACUACUACUACUACUACUACUACUACUACUACUACUACUACUACUACUACUACUACUACUACUACUACUACUACUACUACUACUACUACUACUACUACUACUACUACUACUACUACUACUACUACUACUACUACUACUACUACUACUACUACUACUACUACUACUACUACUACUACUACUACUACUACUACUACUACUACUACUACUACUACUACUACUACUACUACUACUACUACUACUACUACUACUACUACUACUACUACUACUACUACUACUACUACUACUACUACUACUACUACUACUACUACUACUACUACUACUACUACUACUACUACUACUACUACUACUACUACUACUACUACUACUACUACUACUACUACUACUACUACUACUACUACUACUACUACUACUACUACUACUACUACUACUACUACUACUACUACUACUACUACUACUACUACUACUACUACUACUACUACUACUACUACUACUACUACUACUACUACUACUACUACUACUACUACUACUACUACUACUACUACUACUACUACUACUACUACUACUACUACUACUACUACUACUACUACUACUACUACUACUACUACUACUACUACUACUACUACUACUACUACUACUACUACUACUACUACUACUACUACUACUACUACUACUACUACUACUACUACUACUACUACUACUACUACUACUACUACUACUACUACUACUACUACUACUACUACUACUACUACUACUACUACUACUACUACUACUACUACUACUACUACUACUACUACUACUACUACUACUACUACUACUACUACUACUACUACUACUACUACUACUACUACUACUACUACUACUACUACUACUACUACUACUACUACUACUACUACUACUACUACUACUACUACUACUACUACUACUACUACUACUACUACUACUACUACUACUACUACUACUACUACUACUACUACUACUACUACUACUACUACUACUACCUGUACACAUGUAUUGAUUGAAGAGAUGUCCGUUUUCGCUUCGCAUUUAAUAAUGAGUGCUUGUCACGUGAUUUUGGUUUCAUAAACACACACACACACACACACACACACAUUUGUGUGGUGACAAACCGGUAGUUAGUAUUGAAAGGAAACAUUAUUCAUAAAUUUAAACCAUGGAGAAAUCGGUGUUCGUGUGAAGAAUUAAAUUUUAUUUUUAAGCGCUUUAUUUCCUUCCUGUGAUUUUUUUUUGUUUCAUAAUAAUCAUGGUAAAAUAUUCUGUGCAUCUUUUUUUGGUUUAAUUUUUGGGUUGUUUUACUAGAGCGUGUGUGCCUGCUGCUGCUGUGUUCAAGUGUUCUUGUCCCUGUCUGAUUUAUUUACUCAUAAAUUAUUCUUUACAAAUAAUAAUUAUUAAUGCUACUAAUAUCACUAUUGUAAUAUUUAUAUACUGUGGAAUAAAUGAGGUUAUUUAACGAUUGAA